AUGUCCGGCAGUAAUCGAAACGGAGCUGGACCCUCUAAAGCUAUCGGCAACCUAGCCAAAAAGCCAGAUGCAUCUCGUGGAGGAGCACCUAAACUGAAGUUUGUGCCCACGCUACCCGGACGGCGAAAGAAGGAAGAGGUCAAACAGGCGAGCAUCACAGCCCUACGAAGCCUGUCGUAUGUACUGAUACUCUGUGAUCUUGACAGGAGCCUACACCCGCUGCUACAACAGAAGCUUCGACGUCAGAACGUGGAAGAGGAAGAGGUCGCGGUCGUGGCGAAGGACGAGGCCGAGGGGAUGGCACCCGCGGGCGCGGUAGAGGCGGACGUCCCGUAG